AGAAGAAGAAGAAGAAGAAGAAGAAGUAGAAGUAGAAGUAGUAGUAAUGAACGUAGCUCAAUGUUUAGCAGUAAAUCUGCUGUUAACACAGGAUGGAUGCAGAGCAACAUCACAGCGACUGUGAAAGAACAAUACAGAACUGAAGUUCAUGCUUGGGGAAUAGAUCCUCCAGGCCACAGGAGGAAGGGGUGUGCGUGCGUGUGUGCGCACGUGUGUGUGCGCGUGCGUGUGUAAAAGCCUGAUCAGUGACAUAGAAGCGAUGGGUCCAAGGCGGAAGGCUUCUAAACUCCAGCCUAUAGGCGGCAGUGGUGGAGGGGAACUUGUCCCGAGUCCCAUUGAGCCGAAGGACUACAUCAACGAGCUAUCCCAUGAAGUCCUCUGCCAUAUAUUCAGGUACCUUCCCAUGAAGGACAUCAUGUGUAUGGAGAGUCUGUCCAGAAAGCUUAGAGAAGCUGUGACUUUGUAUCUGCGAGUGGUCAAAGUAGUGGAUCUAUGUGCUGGUCGCUGGUGGGAGUAUAUGCCCUCAGGCUUUACAGACAGGAGCUUUCUUCUCCUUUUGAAGAAGAUGCCAGAUUUGGAGCAGUUAUAUGGCCUCCACCCUCGAUACCUGGAGAGGAGACGAGUCCGAGGUUAUGAGGCUUUCAGUAUACCUGGAGUCCUGGAGGCACUACAAGCCUGCCCCAAUCUGCUGGGUGUGGAGACAUCCCAUCUGGAGCUGGUGGAAGCCAUAUGGAACUACAUGCCCCAGGUUCACAUACUGGGAAAGUUCCGCAACCGCAACGGGGCUUUUCCCAUUCCUGCUGAAAACAAACUGACCAUCCCCAUAACUGCAAAGAUCCAGACCCUACAUCUAGUGGGUGUGAAUGUCCCAGAGAUCCCCUGUGUCUCCAUGCUGCGCCACCUUUACCUGAAAUGGGUCCGUCUCACCAAACCACAGCCAUUUAAAGACUUUCUGUGUGUGAGCUUGAGAACCUUCGUCAUGCGGAACUGUGCAGGGCCAACCAACUCCCUCAAAUAUGUUCCCCUGGUUACUGGUUUAGCAUCAGCACGAAACCUGGAGCAGCUGGAGCUGGUGAGAGUUCCCUUCUUGGGAGGGCUGAUCCAACAUGUGGUGGAGGAUAGCUGGAGGUCAGGAGGAUUUCGGAACCUCCACACCAUUGUGUUUGGAGCCUGUAAGAACGCUCUGGAAGUGGACUUGGGCUACCUCAUCAUCACUGCUGCUCGCAGGCUUCAUGAGCUGCGUAUCCAGCCUUCACUGACUAAAGAUGGAGUAUUCUCAGCUCUGAAAAUGGCUGAACUAGAGUUUCCUCAGUUUGAGACCCUUCAUCUGGGAUAUGUAGAUGAGUUCCUGCUGCAGUGUAAGAUGAGUCAUUCGGAGCUGGUGAAGUAUGGUCUGGCUGACGUCAUUGAGAACCCAGGCAUCAUCACUGAUAUUGGCAUAAAGGUGGUGAAUGAGGUGUUCACUAAUAUUAAAUACCUGCUCAUCUACAACUGCCCUCACCUGCAUAACCCUCACCACUGGAUCACAGAUCAGUCCAGAUGGAGCCGUCUCGUUGAUCUCACUCUUGUUCGCUGUCAUGCUAUCAAACUGGAAUCCUUCUCCCAGUUCAUAGAGUUACUGCCCAGUCUAGAGUUUAUCUGUCUGGACCAGAUGUUUAGAGAACCACCCAAGGGCUGUGCCAGGGUGGGCCUGAGUGCAGGAACUGGUAUUGGCGUGUCCUCAGCACUGGUCAGCAACCAGAACUCCAACAAUGACAAUGACAACAACAACAACCACCACCACCACAAUAAUGAGGCCAACCUGCCCCCUGCUCCUCCACCUGUCAACAACAACCAAAGGCAGCAGCAGCAGCAGCAGCAGCAGCAGCAGCAGCAGCAGCAGCAGCAGCAGCAGCAGCAGCAGCAUCAUAAUGCACCAGUUGAAGUUAAUGGGAUUGAAGAUGAGGAAGAAGAGGAGGAGGAGGAGGUGAUCUUGGAGGAGGAUUGCAUGGAGGCUGAGCCUCAGCUAAAGCUGAAAGGAGCAGAAGAGGAGGUGAGAGUGGAAGAAGCUGACGUGGCUCCAGGAGCCAGUCGUCCAGUUGGAACAUUACAACCUCCUGAUGAGGAGCAAGCAGGUCCCAGUGGUUUAGUCCAGCAGUGCAGACCACCUAGUGCUGUUGUUCCCAAACCCCCUCUGGUUAUCUCGGACUCGGACAGUGAGGAAGAGGAGGGCCUUGUUUCAAGGCUAAUACCAGCUUCCUGUUUGCAGCAGCCUGUUUCCUGUACAGAAGGUAAAGGAAAGACUCCUCUGCGGCGGAGCAACAAUGUGGCUGCAUCGGUGGCGGUCUUGGGGAAUCAGAUGAAGGCUCAGGUGUCAGAUAGCAGCUGUGAGAAGAGCUGUCAGGUGACCAGUGAACAGAUCAAGGCAGAUAUGAAGGCUGCUGCUGAGAACACUAGGAGGACUAGCAGUAAAGGAAUUACUACUGAGGCUGGGGAGACCACAGCAAGGCCGGGGGUUGACAGUGGGACAGUACAAGGCACUGGGAGUACUGGGGCUGUAGUGAGGACCGGAGUUAGGCCAGUGACUGGACCUGUGGUCAGAACUGGACCUGGGGCACCCACACCCAGGACGGUUGGCGGAUGUGGGAGGGUGGUGGCGGGGACCACCCACAGAACAGCUACAACCACUGACAGAGCUACAGGAACUGGCAGGACUACUGAUGGCAAGGAGAGCCCCUCCGGAGCACAGACUGGGGACAGUUACACAAGGGAGGCUGGGGUAAGGCUGAGCUCUAGUCCUGCUAGUGUGGACAGUCCAGAGCCCAGAGGUGCCACUGUAAACCGUGAUCCCAGGGGACCAGCACUGCUGGCUGGACAGGGAGAGAGACAACCUGCCCCUGCCACUGUUUCAGGUUCACAGCAUGGUCAGGCCAGAGAUGAGGACUUUGUUCCUAGACGACCUUUGACCCGAUCUUGCACCCGUAUGUCUUCUGUGUCCCUUCUACCUGAGACAGAUCUUUCAAGAGCCAGGCCUAGAGUAGCAGUGAGGAGGAAACGAAUGGCUGACAAAUCAACCAGCACCUCAGACCCGGUCACUGAAGACGACCACAUACAGAUUUUGUCUCUGAAGAGUAAGAACCUGGUGGGCAUCACUCUGACCAACUGUGGAAUCACUGACCUGGUCCUGAAAGACUGCCCAAAGAUGAUGUUCAUUCAUGCCACCAGAUGUCGAGUGUUGAAGCAGCUGAGAGUAGAAAGCGCCCCCAUAGUGAACAGGUUUGAUUAUGCUCAGUGUAAGAAGCUGGACAUGGAGCAGGUCCUGGAUCAGAUUUUGAGAAUGCCUCCUGAGAGGAACCGCAUCAUCUACAUGCGCCCUAUGCACCAGAUUGACUCAGUAGCAUUGGAGCGUCAGCUCUUCCAGGGGCCCUAUCCCUACCACAUCGCUAUAGUGCACGAGUUCAGCAACCCUCCAAACAUACGGAACAAGGUUCGCAUUCGCAGCUGGAUGGACACCAUAGCCAACAUAAGCCAAGAGUUAAUCAAGUAUGAGUUCUUCCCAGAGGCCAACAGGACAGAAGAUGAUGUCAAGAAGUAUCCCAGAUAUCCCUGGGGUAGGGACAUCUAUACACUGGAGGGAGUUGUGGAUGGUGCUCCCUACAGUAUGAUAACAGACUUCCCCUGGCUGAGGACUCUGAAAGCAGCUGAUCCCAAUAGCUACGCCCGCUAUGACUUUGAAGACGACGAAAGCACCACCAUCUACGCCCCACGGCGUAAAGGCCAGCUGUCGGCAGACAUCUGCAUGGAGACCAUCGGGGAGGAGAUCUCAGAGCGCCGACAAAGCAAAAGAGGAGUGUUUCAGAGAGUGGUGGUCCUCUUCCUUCAUCACUGUGAUACACCAGGAGAACCUGUGGAUGAUGACUACAUCUAGACAGCAUAAAACACUCCUGUCUAUCACAUCCAGAGUGACUCCAGCACUGACAGUCGUGCUGCAGCGCUGCCUGAGCUCCUGACUGUGGAAACUCUUUGUUUUAUUUGGAAAAGAGACAGAGAGAUAUGGCAGUCUGUCUGUUUGCUGUGGGAUCUGCAGGUCAGAGCUGUGUCCUUACACACUGCCAUGCACAUGAUAACUCUGAGACUUGACUCAUGGAGUAAAGUCUCAUGGAGAAGAGCUGCAGUGGAAGGGCACUUGGGGGCAGUGGUAAACUUGAAUUGGACAACAGAAGUGGCCAACACUCAGCAUGUUGAAGACACUUUGCAAGAAGUCUUCCAAAGAAUGUACACUGUUGUGAUUUGGUUCAUUAGGACCAGAUUUAAGGCUUAAAUCAGUUUUCAGCCUUUUCAGUUCCACAGGGAAAAAGAAACAGAUAAUCUUAGUGUAUUUGAAACAUUUGUAUGAGGUUCAUGACUCAUGUGAUGCUAAUUUUCUUAUUAUUUGAGUAGAAUCUUAAGGCAUGUAUGAGCACCUUAGCAUACUGAAAAUUCUCCAAUAAAAGGUGAGUAAAAGAAUAAAAGCCUUGAAGUGGUCGAAAUGACAACGCACAUGGUAAAUUCAGCAUAAUGUUUGUUUUCAUUUAGUGUAUGAAAACAGUGGCUUUCAACAUGAACCUGUUAGGAAUGGCUGGCUUUUUCUGCUCUUCAGGCCACUACUGACAGCAUGGCCCCCGCAGACGCACAGCUCACGUUUUCAGCUGCCUUUCAUUUUUAUCAUGCUGGCACUGUGAACACUCACAGAGAUGGACUUUGCUGUAGUGUUAACCUGAUCUAUCAUUUGUCCAAUACCAUAGGCUGCCUAUCUCUGUUCUGUACAUGACUAGUCACAUACACAAAUGCCCUUGGACAAAAAUGUCAAAGAAACUAUGCUUUUUAAUUCAGUUUUAAGUUUUCCUUUGGAGUUUAUUUUUUUAUCUUUCAACAUGCGGAAGUGUUGGUCGCUCUGGGUGGUGGAUGGUAUGUUUACCUCGGCAAGCACGAAAUGGAAAAGAGACAAAGAGAUGUUCAGUCCAGAUGGAGCUGAAAAAAUUGACCAGUUGUGGAUUCAUUUACCAGCAGCUUAUUUUCUUAGUAUGACUUGUCUUUGCAUCUUUGACCCAUUGGAUAGAGAUCAGGGAUCUAGACCUUAUAACCAUCUCCUGUCCAUUUGAAAGUGAUUGAUCAGAUCAGCCACAUAAUGCUGCUCACAUUCUCACUCAACCAUGCAAAUAUAAUGUCCUACAAGGCUCAGCAGCAUAAAGGGAGCUUACAGAACAGCUGUAAAACUCUUAAGAAUUGUUGGAGUUGAUCAGUUCUGACCAAACAUAAUGCUUUUGAAUGGCUAGUUCAACCCCGCUCAGACAUUUACACAAAUAUAAGAAUGAACACAUCUGAAUCUACUGACCAUAUUGGAUAAAGUAGGAGUUACAUACAUAAAUAGGAAACCACAACAGUGUUAAAGUGCUGUUCAAAGCGAUUUGUAGGUUAGAUCUCAGCUGUGUCCAGUCACAGUCAUGAAGUUUCACAGUAAAAGCGCAGUGUAUGUAUGAUGUUGCCACUGAACAUCUUAUCUUACUGGUUGGCUGGUCAUGCAGAUAAUGCAGCUAUAAUUUUUUUCUUUUCACUUUUGAUUUGUUGUUUUUGAUCAAUGACAAGAUUAAACAAAGUGAGGACAAGGACCAUGUUGAAAAAUGAGAUGUGAGUUCUGAGAUAAGUCUGAAUUUUGAAUUUGAAUUCUGAGAAUAAAUUUGGAAUUGUGACACUUUAA